AUGUUCCAAAUUGUUUGCAAUGCGCUAUGCCGAAUGCGCUGCUCGUCUCCAUCGCGCGCACUCGUUAACCCGCAGGACGACAUGGACUCUCUGGACGACUUUGGCGCCCUAAAACCGAUGGCGUCGCUGGAGGCGGUCGAAGGCAGCGCCGCUGCGCAGGGGAAUGACGAGUGCGACAUUGAGGACUUCCUUACAGACGAUGACGAGGAUGACGUGAUUUCGGAUGCCUUUUGA